AUGGCGGAGCACUUGGCAUCGAUCUUCGGCACAGAGAAGGACAGGGUGAACUGCCCCUUCUACUUCAAGAUCGGCGCGUGCCGUCACGGCGACCGCUGCUCUCGCCUUCACACCAAGCCCAGCAUCAGCCCAACUCUCCUCCUCUCCAACAUGUACCAGCGCCCCGAUAUGCUCACCAACCCCGGCGUCGACCCUCAGGGCCAGGCCCUCGACCCUCGCAAGAUCCAAGACAACUUCGAGGAUUUCUAUGAGGAUCUGUUUGAGGAGCUGAGCAAGUAUGGGCAGAUCGAGAGCUUGAAUAUCUGUGACAAUUUGGCUGACCACUAUGGAAAUGUGUAUGUUCAGUUCAGGGAGGAGGAGCACGCUGCCGCUGCGCUUCAGAAUCUCACUGGGAGGUUCUAUGCAGGUCGCCCCAUCAUUGUUGACUUUUCACCGGUGACCGACUUCCGUGAAGCUACAUGUAGGCAGUAUGAAGAAAAUGUAUGCAAUCGAGGUGGCUAUUGCAAUUUCAUGCAUUUGAAGAAGAUUAGCAGGGAAUUGAGGAGGCGAUUAUUCGGAAGAAACAGGCGAAGGCGGAGCCGCAGUCGCAGCAGAAGCCAUAGUCCUCAAAAGCAUCCGCGCGGUGGUUAUCAGGAGCGUCCACAUGGAGGUCGGGGUUUUGGCAGAAGAGGAGAUGAUGAGAGAGAUCGUUUCAAUGAUAAAAACAGGAGGCCUAGAAGCCGUAGUCCUGGUGGACGUAGAGGAAGAAGUAGAAGCCCUGUGGGUAGAAGGAAUAGGAGUCCUGCAGCCAGGGAAAGCAGUGCUGAAAGAAGGGCUAAGAUUGAGCAAUGGAACCGGGAAAAGGAGCAGGUUGAUUCUGGAGAUAAGCAUGAUAACAAUAAUAAUAACAGCAACAAUAAUGAUGAGGAAUGGAAUGGUGAUAAUAAUAAUGAUCAGUACUACGAUCCUCAGCAGCAGCAGCAGUAGCACGGUAGAUGCAAAAUCGAGCCUCAGUUAUUUCACACAGCUUACCCUUUGGACUUGUAUACAAGUGGGGUGUUGUUGUGCAAGGACUAAUGUCUAGUUAUUAUGUGAUGGUUUUAGAGGCAUUAAUGAAAUUGCUGGAUCGUGGUACUGCUGUCUGCAAUGGUGAGUUAUUAUUACAGAACCGAUCCAACUGUAUGGGAAGUAAGAACCAUUAAUGUGUUUACUAGAAUUAUGAAUUGUCAUCGGAAUGUCUUAUUGUCUUUGAAUUACAUUAGAAUUUUUAGCGUGAAUUAUAUUUAUUGCUGCGUUGCCCAUUUUUGUGA